ACACGAUACAAAUGGCGCCUUAACAUUAUUCCCUGGACGUUGUCUAGGAACCAGAAUGAAGACCUUCGGACUGCUUUUCUCCACCGUGGGAAUCCAGGUGAGUGUUCCGUGAUCUAACUUCAGUGCGAGCUAACGUGUCUACAGUCAGGUGCUAGUUUAGUGUCCGUGGCGUGGGAUGUAAGCACUUGGCUUUGCCUCUCUGCUGGCUGGAUAUGACUGAUCGGUCCCCAAUGACUGCUUUCCAAGCUCAACUUUAUUCUGUUGGAUUUUGUUAUUCACUCCUAGUCAAUUUCCAUCCACAACCUUGCCCCUCCCUAUCUCUCCGACCUUCUCCAUAUCGCCAACUCCUCCCACUUCCUCCUCCACCAACCUCACUGUACCCUCCACCUGUACUGCUUGGACAGAGUGAGUAUCUUGGAGCACUAUGGGAUUACAAUUUACAAAAAAACACACACAUAUAUAUAUAUAUAUAUAUAGGGAUGAGUAAUGACAGAGAUGAACGGGGUCAGGGUGACCGGGGGGUAUGGGUUCAUUGCUGGUAGGUGUGAAGAUUAUUUGACUUAACACAGAGAAUGGACCCACAAAGCAGUUUCAGGGGCAAUAAUCCAAAUCACAGCCAAUAUGAAUCAUACGGUAUCAAAGGGUAACAACAAACUGACAAGAAAUACAAUAGAGAAUAAUGGAACUUUCACAGUGGGGUAAAUAAGAUCUAGCACUUAAGGGAAGGUAGACAGUGCUUAAAUACACUGGGAAGGGGAAGACAAUGAGAAACAGUUGCAGCACAAGGUAGGACAGGUAAUCACAAGCGGAAAGCUCAUGUGAUUUGUGAAUGAUAAAAGAAACAGGUAACUUUAAAGGACAAGAUGAGGAGCUACUUGAAAUCUUGAGGUUCAUGGGCUAGUGAUGAACAUGGCCAGAGUUUGAGCCAGUUGGAAGUAAGGGUCUCAGGUCACUACUGUAAAUAGAACAAAUAUAUAUUAUUAUAAUUAUAAUAAUAAGUAUUGUUGUUAUUUUUAUCAUUAUUAUUAUGUUUUGAAGCAUCUGGUUCAAUGAUAUAUGCUUAUACAUGAUCUCACCCACCAAGCUACUUGUAAAGGUACAUUGUCUGGAGGUCAGUCCAGCCCAAACUCAUUCUGUUAUUGUUUUGAUUGUUUUGAUUAUUUUGGUAGUUUUGAAUGAGAGACCCCUAUUGGCAGAAAUGACAUACAUUGUGUUUCAAUAAAUACAUCAAUAAAUUAGUUAGAAACAUGAUUCAGGCCCAACCCUACAGCUUCUUCCUCUGCCCUGAUGGGCGAUAUGCAAACAUAAACAACACUGCAAAUAGAUAAAAUGUGGUGAUAUUGUGAUGAGCCUGAACUUAGACAGGAAUGAACAAGAGCAAAGUCAUGAGGAUGUUUUUAGACACCAGUCUCCUCUUGUUAAUGUUGUUCUCCUGUUUUUCCUCUGCUUUGUCCUCCUCUUGUCAGUUACGGGGACAGUUUAAUCUAAAUGGUAUGCACAAACCCGGAGAUGUGAUACUUGGUGGGAUUUUCAGACUUCACUUCUUUCCAGCAUAUCCUGAUCUGUCUUUUACUUCAGAGCCACAACAGCCAACCUGCUUUGGUUUUGAUGUUAUAGGAUUCAGACAGGCUCAGACCAUGGCCUUUGCUAUUGAUGAGAUCAACAGAAACUCCAACCUGCUGCCUAAUGUGACUCUGGGAUACAGUCUGUAUGAUAACUGCAUCCAACUAGGCAUUGCGUUUCAUGCAGCACUGGCCUUAGUCAGUGGUCAAGAAGAGCAAGUUACAUUAGGGAAGAACUGUGUAGGAACUCCUCCAGUCCUAGGGAUUGUGGGUGAUUCUUCAUCGACUCGUACUAUUGCCAUAUCCACAGUCUUAGGUUUGUACAGAGUGCCCCUGGUGAGUUAUUUUGCCACAUGUUCAUGCCUGAGUGAUCGACAAACAUUUCCAUCUUUCUUUAGGACGAUUCCGAGUGAUGCUUUUCAGGUGAAUGCUAUGAUUCAGAUUCUAAAACACUUUGGUUGGACUUGGGCAGGUCUGCUCAUCAGUGAUAAUGAUUAUGGUGUCCAUGCUGCCCGAUCCUUUCACUCUGAUUUGGGUCCAGCUGGUGGAGGUUGUCUGGCUUACACAGAGAUGUUGCCCCGGGUUUACGACCCUGCUGAACUUACAAGAAUAGUGGAUGUGAUGAGGAAAUCUACAGCUCGAGUGGUGAUUGUGUUUGCAAAUCAGAGUCCCAUACUUAACCUUAUGAAAGAGGUGGUGAGGCAGAAUGUGACAGGCCUGCAGUGGAUGGCCAGCGAAGCCUGGAUCUCAAUGAUUUCACUCCAGAUGCCCCAUCUCAUGCCGUACCUGGGUGGAACACUGGGCAUUGCCAUCCGUCGAGGAGAAAUAUCAGGUCUCAGGGACUUCCUGUUACAAAUACGUCCUAACCUAAAUCACAACGACACCCAUGGAAAUAGCAUGCUGAAUCAGUUUUGGGAACACACAUUUCAGUGUAGCAUUGCACCACAUCCAGCAGGUUGGGUGGAAGCUGAAGGAGAAUUAUGCACUGGACUGGAAGUUAUAGAGAAUGUGGAGACUGAGUUCCUGGAUGUUUCAAACAUCAGGCUAGAGUAUAAUGUGUAUAAGGCUGUGUAUGCACUGGCAUAUGCUCUUGAUGACAUUCUGCAGUGUGAGCCAGGGAGAGGACCUUUCAGCAACAACACCUGUGCUCAUUUACAAAGACUGGAGCCAUGGCAGCUUUUGCAUUACUUGGAAAAAGUCAACUUCACCACAUCAUUUGGUGAUCAAGUGUCAUUUGAUGAAAAUGGAGAUGCCUUACCAAUAUACGACAUCAUGAACUGGGUGUGGCUCCCUGAUGGAAAAACAAAAGUUCAGAGAGUGGGUGAAGUUAAGAGGUCAGCCUUCAAAGGUGAAGAACUCACAUUGGAUGAAGACAAAAUCUUCUGGAACUUUGAAUCCAAACAGCCUCCUCGGUCAGUGUGCAGUGAGAGCUGUCCUCCAGGUACCCGCAUGGCCAGAAAGAAAGGAGAACCUGUGUGUUGUUUUGACUGCGUCCCUUGUUCUGAGGGAAAGAUCAGCAAUAUGACUAACUCCAUGGAGUGCACCAGUUGUCCAGACGAUUUAUGGUCCAGCCCCCAGCAUGACCACUGUGUUCCUAAGAAAACAGAGUUCCUCUCCUACCAUGAGCCUCUGGGUAUCUGCUUGACAACCACCUCACUGUUGGGCACAUUUAUCUGUGUUGUUGUUCUUGGCAUCUUCAUCCAUCAUCACAGUACACCUAUAGUUCGUGCCAACAAUUCAGAACUCAGUUUUCUUCUCUUGUUGUCACUCAAAUUGUGUUUCUUGUGUUCAUUGCUCUUCAUUGGACGACCCAGAUUAUGGACUUGCCAACUAAGACAUGCAGCAUUUGGCAUCAGCUUUGUGCUUUGUGUCUCAUGUAUCCUGGUGAAAACCAUGGUGGUUCUGGCUGUGUUCAGGACCUCCAAACCAGGAGGUGAGUCCAGUCUCAAGUGGUUUGGUGCUGUGCAGCAGAGAGGGACAGUUGUAGUUCUGACCUCUGUUCAAGCAGUAAUCUGCACUGUCUGGCUUGUCUCUGCUUCACCAGUGCCUCAUAAAAACACCCAGUAUCACAAUGACAAGAUAGUUUAUGAGUGUGUAGUUGGGUCCACAGUUGGUUUUGCAGUUUUACUUGGUUAUAUUGGUUCACUGGCCGUCCUCAGUUGUUUGUUAGCUUUUCUAGCAAGGAAUCUUCCAGACAGUUUCAAUGAGGCCAAACUCAUCACUUUCAGCAUGUUGAUCUUCUGUGCAGUGUGGGUGGCCUUUGUCCCUGCUUACAUCAGCUCACCAGGCAAAUAUGCAGAUGCAGUGGAGGUAUUUGCCAUCCUGGCCUCCAGUUUUGGCCUCUUGAUUGCACUGUUUGGACCUAAAUGUUACAUAAUCCUGUUGAGACCAGAGAGAAACACAAAGAAAGCCAUCAUGGGUCGAGGCACUGAGACUUAAAAACAGCAAAAUACAAAAAUAAUCAAUGGUUUUCAUAAUACAGUAAUUCAGGUUUAGAAUAUGUUAAUAUUGAUAUUAAUGUUAGGUGAAAAAGGGUCAGAGUAAAUACACACAGUAAGUUAUAGUAAUGUACAGUAUGUUUUGAACGGCAACAUACUUUUCAUUGGAACACACAAAAUCCUGAAGAGAGUCCACAAUUUUGAAUUUUAAUGUGAAUUCCUUUCAACCUAAACUUUUCCAUUGUGUGUAUUGUAACAGCCAGAGUAUUGCUGCAAUGCUAGUUUACACCACAGUGUGGCGCCGUCUUUUGUUGUGCUGUUCGUGCAGUUGUACAUCUCCUCCGAUAUACUCCAGUCCACUUUUACUCUAUGUGAUUAGUUGGUAUUGGUUUUGAUUUCCCAGUGCUGUUUUAGUGUGAGUGAGUGCAGUGAGACCUGGCUUUGUAUAGUCAAAUUCAUAUUUUGUUAAAUAAAAGUGCGGAUAAGAA